AGUCUGGUAGUAGCCCUUAAACUCAGAAGGAGGGGGGCGCUUUAAACUUGCGCCAAUCCACCCUUUUCCUACGGUUCACCAUCUCCAGCUGCUUCUUCAACUUGUCAUUCCCUCUCUUUCGCGCCGGACGUUCCCACCCUCGUCUUCCAAAGGUUAUUUGCCUCCCCCUCCCUGUUUUUUUGGUGUCCGAUUCACUCCUUUCCUUCCAACCCACCCACCCAGCCUCCCCCCGUCACUUUUUAGCUCGGGGAUUCAUCUUAGCUUGCAAAGAUCCGAUAACAAAGAAAUCGUUCUGACAGCUCGUCAGGCGGAAUUGUUUGAUCUCUACUGUGAUCCCUCCUCUGCUUGGUGUCGAAAGCCAGUGACACGACACCCUGGUCGACCCUCUAGCCGAGUUACUGGGAAACCUUGAUCAACCGUGGCCGUAACUUUGAUCGAUUUUACCUCUUUGGCCCCUUACGCAACUAGGUUCGAACCUACAUAACCAAACGCAAACAAUGGUCAACGGCACCGCUACGGUGUUGGAGCCCACCUUCACGGGAUACGUCGCGACAACACAGGAUGCGCUGAUUCUGUUCGAAGCCUGUCUGACGGGAGUGCUACACCAUGUGCCCCGUCGGCCUCACGAUCGCGAACGCGGCCAUCUGGUCCGCAGCGGCAGUGUGUUCAUCUACGAGGAGAACUCUUCCGGCAUCAAGCGAUGGACGGACGGCGUGACCUGGAGUCCCAGCCGGAUCCUGGGCAAUUUCCUGGUGUAUCGGGAGCUGGAGAAACCGUUCCCUCCGGGCGAAAAGAAGCGAGCGAUGAAGAAGGCCAAUCGACGCCCGGUGCCGUCGACGAGACCUGGGGAGCCAUAUCCGCGACAGGAGAGCAACGGCGGCUAUUCGCCAUCUUCGACAACGGGUCCCUACGGGGACCGGCCACACCAGUCGGACGUGGAGAGGGCUCUGGUAGGUUCGCUUGUGGACUCUUAUGGCUUCAAGGAUUCGGGGCUGGUCAAGAAGACAAUGAGUGUGACGGUUUCGGGGGUGACACACCACCUGGUGUCGUACUACAGCGUGGAGGAUGUGAUGCGGGGGCUGUUGAACCCACCCUCAAUGGUCGAUACGCUGCGGUACAUUCGGCCUCGUGUCGAACUGACACAGAAGCAAAGCUUCCGCGCCCCGAUCGAUGACUUGGAAACCGGUGGAUUGGAGAACCCCAAUGACCCCCAUACGCUGUACGGCUACCGACCCCAGCUGGUCGCGCCGCCGGGGUAUGCGAUUCCCAAUCCUCACCCCGAAUUCUACCUGCACACCACCCCGUAUACCACUCAUCCUCCGCAGUCGGCGCCCAUUCCAGGGUACUCCAUGGCAGGAUCCAUCUCCGCCCAGCCGGCUUCGAAUCCGUAUCUUCCUGCGCCGUCUGCGCCGACCCAGAUUCCGCAGAAGCCGGACGACUACUCGCAGUUCCGGGCUCCCACCCAGUAUGGGACGAGCUUCGACCUGGGUCACAAUCCCCUGUCGUCGUCGAUCCCCUCCGCGCUCAAUACGGGUAUCCCGAGCUCCCUGAGCGAUCGCAACCGAUCCCAAUCGGAUCACAGUCCUUCUGCCUAUCGAAACUCGUCAAUAUCCUCGCGCAGUGUUGCGACCGACGCAACUUCUCCGAUCGAUCCCGCGACGCCCGCCACAUAUUCACGGGGAGGAAGUUUCAGCCUGGGCCCGCUCGACGGACCACACCAGCCCCUGGAGCAGCGUGGCUUGGGGUCGUUUGACUCGGGCAUCCCUCGCCGGGAGUCGAACGCCAUCCCCGCGCCUUAUUACACGGGCGCAGACCGGCACCAAUACUAUGUGGGAGCGACAGCGCCGGCUGCGCACACCAAUUAUCCGGUGUCGACGUGGACGACGGCGGCUCCGGCGCAGCCCCAGAUAUGAUCGAUGAAACUCGAUCAUUCCCUUGAUCUACCUUCGUUUCUUUCUUUUCCCCCCUCUUUUCUUUUCUACGGUACUUUUUUUUAUUUUUAUUUCUCCAGAAGGGCGGCAAUUUGGGAAUAGACUAUGCAUAUACGCUGUGGAUGAUUACUCGGGUGGGAAAACGCUCUUAGAGGAGACAUGGGU